GCCGCUCCGCGGGCUCCCCGUCCCGGGCCGCCGCAGAGGGAUGGCGCCGGGGCUGCUGGACCUGGUGCACUUGACAACCUGGGCCGUGUGUGCCGUGAUCAAGCUGCCGCAGCUGGUGGCGGUGCUGAGGGCCGGCUCGGCUUGGGGACUCAGCGCGACCAGCCUCCUCCUGGAGCUGGCCGGCUUACUUGUGUUUCUGAAGUACCAGAUCUAUUAUGAUUAUCCCCUGGAGACAUACCUGGAGUAUCCCAUCAUCAUUGCACAAGAUGCCAUUCUCCUGUACUGUAUUAUGUAUUUCAGUGGAAAAACGAAACGAGCUUUGUUCUAUACAGUCGUAUUUGGGGGGGUCUGGUACGUGCUAACACUGCAGAAGUGGAUAAUAGAUGUGGCCAUGAAUCUCUGCACGUUCAUCAGUGCAGCCAGUAAAUUGGUUCAGCUGCGUCAUCUCUGGCAGACCAAAGAUUCUGGACAAGCGAGUGCCCUGACCUGGGGCAUGGGUGCAUACACCUGUGCAACAAGAAUUAUUACAACUGUAAUGACUACGAAUGAUCUCGCAGUUCUCAUCCGUUUCAUAACCAUGCUCAUUCUCAAUAUUUGGGUCACAGCCACAAUCCUGCACUACAGGAAGACUAAAAAGACUGUUUAGAAGACACUCAUCAGCACACAUACCAUUGCCAUGAAAAAAUAUUAUUAAGCCUAAAAAAUUUAAUAGUUCCUUAAAGAUUGAGGAAGCUCUCUUUCUUUAAUAUUUACCCUUUAGCAUACUUAUAGUAUUUACAGUAUUUACAGACUUAAAGUAUAGUACAUUCAUGCUUACUUUCUCUUAGAAAUAAUUCUGAUAAGAUACUUAAUUUAAGCAGCAUACUUUUAUUGGUCAUUUCAGACAAGUUUCACUGGUAUCACAUUUUCUCUGGAUUUUUUUUACUACAAGGUAUUUCAUAAUUAGAUGUAUAUAUAUUCUGAUAUCACUUCAGUUCUUUCUGGUUACAUAUAAGCAAUUUUCUUCAAUUAUACAUGAUCAAUUUUGCACCAACACACUGACUCAUCCUUCUGCUGCAAGACUGAAAAACCACAACAGCUGUUUGUCUUCUUGCAAGCAGCUCAAUUAGUUCAACAUUAACUGUCUAUAUUUUAGAAUGAAGAAAAUCUGAGUCAAGGCCCAAUCCAGAGUAAGGUUCUAAAUGUCUUUUACUAAGUCACAAAUCCAGUUGGGAUUGUAGCACUUACAUGCAACACUUAAAUAGUACAAUUUAUACAGCUGAUACAGGAUACCCAUAGUCACUUUCCUCAGUAUACCCAGUUUUUAUCAGAUAAGAGCAAAAACUCAACUGUGAAUUCUUUUUCAACCUGAGCUCUCAUUCACUGAACAUACUGUUUUGGGAACAGCAGGGACUAGAAAUAUGGGAAUAAUGAAACUGUGACCAACAGUUAAGAAUGCUGUUCAGGCAGAAGUUCCUGCAACGAUAUCCCAGUAUCCAGGAUUCCCAAACACCAUCCAUACUGACAGUGACAUGUGCACCUUGAUGCAUCUCAGCAGACUGUUCUCUCAUGGCUGUCAGGUUUUGGUGAUACUGCUCUGUGGUUCAUGAGUUUUUGGCCUGUCAGUGCUAUGUAUGUUGAAGAACACAGACUCAAACUUUUACUUCAGAAAUUCUAAUCAAUGUGUAGUACUUAGAGUAAAAAGGGGGAAAAGAUAGUCUUGACAACUCUUAACAGAGGAUUUUGGUUUUAGUUUUGCCUUCACAACCAAAAGUUACAUUAGUAAUCAUAUAGCUUGCUUUCAUUUCUCGUUACAUUCCCCAAAAUUGAAAGAUACAACAUUUCAAAAGAAUUUUUAUAGUAUUCUGUUAAUUGGCUGUGAAAACCAAGGCACCCUUGAUCCAAACACCCUUGAAAACUAUGGGAAGACUGCACUGACUACAUUUGAGGCAGGUUUUCUUCAUAAUAUUCUAAAUUGUGUAACUGCUGUGGAGCAAAAGGAUCUGCAAAAGCAGAUAUUUCUGCCAGUGAGCAUGCAGCAACUGGAACAGGGCUCCAUCAUCAGAAAACAUCUGCUUCACCAUCAGAAAACAGCUGCUUUGUGCUCUAAAUUUUAGUAGGAAGGGCUGGGAGGAUAUGCGUCUGUGGGCAUUAAUUUCAUGUAUCCACAUUACUGAGAGUGAGUCAAAAAUGAGAUUUUUUUUACUGCUCCAGUAAAAUGUAUAAAUCUUUCUAUGUUGGUUGAAAGAUUAAGUGUAAACCUUUUGAUUUUACUAAAGCUCUGUAAAGUAUCUGAAGUGGUUUAGAUGGUGGCAGGAGGCAUGUGAUACAUCUUCCAGGUUAUAUUAAUAAAUGCUCUUCUUCAAGUUUGAUAGUGUCAUUCUUACAGUUAAUCUUCAUUGCAUUUGAGUUUUUAUUGUUUCCAUAUAUGGAGAGAAAAUGAAAUAUUCAUUACAGGUCAUAAACCUUAACACUUGAAGCAUCAGGCUCAAUAUUGACGUGCCAAAUGCUAAAGAGCUCCAGCAUCUUAAAAUGAGAAGAGCACACUUGCUGUUUAAUUAAAGCCAUUUUUUGAUAGAGAAAGAUUUGCAUGGAAUCCAAACCCUCUCUGUUAUUGACAUUUUCAUAAGCCUGAGUGAUGCUGUAGCAAAAUGAAGCUGCUCCAUUUUUAGUUUGAGAAUCAGCAUCUCAAGUUGUUUUUUUAUCAUAAAAUACUGAAAAUGCAUUUAAGAACAGUUCUUAAUAGAUUACUUAACGCAUUUUGAAUAGAUCACCUUAAAAACCUGUGGGAAUAAAGGACUGAGGAAAACAAAGAUGGUUAAUUCAUGAACUGAAGGUAAUUUUGUGGACUUGGAAAGCUGGACCAUGAGUUCACAUUCAAGCUGCAAGAGAUAUGGAACAAAUCAGAAAGUAGCAGUAAAUAGUUUUACACACUUUUUCUCCUCUCAGAGAGUAACUUCUUUCAGUUUCAUAAACAGGCACAUUCAAGUUCCAGGCAAGCCCCACAAAGUGCAGACCCUGUGUUUUCCAGCAGGUAAAAAAUAAUCUUCUCAGUGGCUGGAUUAAAGGCAACAGCUUUAGACAAAUACAUAGGCAGGAUAAAUCUUGUUAAACUUGUCAUUCACCAGUAUCGGGGCAGACACAGGGAGGCCAUUUGCUGUGUAAUGCAGCAGCAGGGCGAAAGCAAGCAGGGAAAGCAUCUUGGAUUAAUGGCAGAACAUGUAAGCAAGUAAGCAGCUCUUAUCCACAGGGCUGGAAGUAAUCCAACUCCAUUCACAGAUGCUGUACAAGUGUGGAAUUACACACUUGGUGUCUAAUUGUACCAGUUCACAACAUGCUCACAAGGUAACAGCCUGUCCUGCCCUGGCUGACAAAGCAUGGGUGUUGUUGGGGCUUUCUGAGUCUCCUUCCCUGUGAAAAGACAAGAUCUGAAUUCCAGUACAGUCCACUGAAUAACAGGUAAGCCAGAAGCUCACUUCAGCUGUAUGAGAGAGAAAAUAUUUACCACGAGAUUUACUAUUGAAGGAAUGAAGAUGCGAGUCCAGAGAUGGCAGGCUGCAGGUCUGAGGAUGUGGACAGUGGAAGAUGUGUAUAGUUUAUUUUUUCUGGACUGUCUACAGUGAACAGAACAUUGAACACAUAGGCAAAACCACCCUCUCCCCACCCUAUGGGCGUCCCUAGCAUUGGGCAUGCUGUGCAAAGUGGACACAGAUGUCCUUCCUUGUGCUGCUCCAAUCCAACAAGGAUUGGAUGCUAUUGCUUGGACUGCUCCAGAGUCGCUGUCCCUGCCUGACCCCCGAGCCUCUGUCUGCCUUACACCAUGCACAUGGCUGCUCCAGAUCGUGGCUCUGCUCAUCUGAGCUGCUGAAACAGGAGAGAAAGGAGUGGGGUGGGGAGGCAGCAACAUCCCCCAACCACUGCAGAUCUAGAGUUGGAUCUUAGAACAGUUUGGGGAAAAUAAUUCGGAAUUAGCUGAAUGGCCCCAGUCUUAUAGAACAACUUCACUCACUUCUUUAAAUGAGGUAAAAUUACUCUUCCUCCAUCAAACAAUCAUUCUCCAUUUAGUGACAUAUGUAAUAGAGAGAAAAUAAAAAAGGGAAGUAACAGCUGAGUCUACACAAGGAACUGUU